CAGUCUCAAUCUGGACAGCAAAGCGAUCAGUUCGUGUUCCAGUCGCCGCUAUUCGAUUGUCUUCGAUUUCCUACGGAAUAAUAUCACCCGAAAUAAGAUUACAUAUCACCCACAAAAAUAUCAUAAAAUGUUGACCUUGCCCAACAUAGCAGAUCUGCGCCUGCAGCAACAGAUCGCCCAGGAAAUAUACCGCCAUCAGAUUAUGCAACGAUUACCCGAUCCCCUCUGUGGCUUAUUACCGAGCUUUGCCGGACACUUUGUGCCUCCGCCGCCACCACCGCAACCCACAUUGCCAGGCGAUGUGGAGGCCAAACUGGAGAACAAUGAACUAUGGCAACAAUUCCACAGCAUCGGCACCGAGAUGAUCAUCACCAAGUGCGGCAGACGCAUGUUCCCCUCGAUGCGGGUUUCUCUCAGCGGAUUGGAGGAGGACGCCAGCUACUGCGUGCUUCUCGAGAUGGUGCCCAUUGGCGAUUGCCGUUACAAGUUCUCCGGAUCCCAGUGGGUUCCAGCCGGAGGAGCUGAGCCCCAAAGCCCCCAGCGAAUGUAUCUGCAUCCGGAGAGUCCAGCUACGGGAAAACAUUGGCAAUCCCAAGCCUUGCUCUUCAGCAAGGUGAAACUGACCAACAACACAUUGGAUAAUAAUGGACAUAUCGUCCUAGCCAGCAUGCACAAAUAUCAGCCACGUCUGCAUGUCAUACGUACCUCUGAUCUCGGCCAGAUCCCCUGGGCUCCCCAGCAGGCCUUUGUGUUCCCGGAGACGGAGUUUAUAGCCGUUACGGCUUAUCAGAAUGAUCGCAUAACCAAGCUGAAGAUCGACAACAAUCCCUUUGCCAAGGGAUUCCGUGAGUCGGGUCAGUCGAGAUGCAAAAGGAAGAUCAAUGACUCGCCACCGCCAUCGCAGUCGGAGGUUACCCAGGUGGACCCCAGCCCCAUGCCAUCGCCGUUAGCCAAACGGUUGCGACUGGUAGACGAAAUUCCUCAGCAUCAUCAUCAUCAGAGUCAUCAGAGCGUUCCGAUGCAGCGUCACUAUCUGUUGGAUACUCUGGAGGCCAAUUUCUAUGUCCCAGCGCCACCGCCGCCGGCCAUCGAAUAUGCCAGGCACAUCGGAUCCUAUCCAAGUUGGGCCUACACUCCGCCAUCCCCGGCCUCCUCCGUUUCGUCCUCAUCAGCGGGCUCCACGAGCGGGGAAUCCGCAGCCGAACGAGAGGCAGAUGCCGACACCUUUGUGGAUGUGGUUGGAACCGCAACAUCUGCUCCUCCAUCUGCGCCUCUUGUUCCGAUAUUACCUCUCUCACCCAGCGAUGCAAUGCCCAAGCCGAAACGCAGCAGCUUCAGCAUCUCGGACAUAUUGGGAACCAGCUCGUCCAUUUAAAACUAAGUCCAGUCGGGUGCAUGUGCUCCCAUUUGGCUUGAAAUCGGUGCCUUGUACAUUUAAUUAGCGUUAAGUUGCCAUCGUCUGCGUAGUGUCUAAGCUGAAUUGUGAUAUUUUGCAGUUAAUUAGGAUUUCCAGGUAUUUGCCAUCAGUAUUUAUCGUAUUUAUUAUGCAAUUUUAAUUGUUCAAAUGAUUUCGUAAUGGAUUUAUUGUCUUUGGCAUUUUAAUGCGACAUAAAUAAAAUAUAUGUAGUGUAUGGAUACCCAAUGAA